CCAGCGAAGGAAGCCUACACAGAGAUUGAAGAAAGAUAGGAGAAGAAUAAAUUGAUGAACAAAGCCCCACCUGGUUAUUUAUUAUCCGUCCCUUCCUCCCACCUUUCACACGCGGACAGCGAGGGGAAAGAAGAAAUAAAUAGCCCUUCACAUCUCUCGCUUGUCUCGUGACUCCAACAACGACCCCUUAAACCAAAUCAAAAAACCUUCUUUGCUGAUACUCUCCCUUUUCUUUUUCCUUCCCAAACCCGCAACCAUAAGCUUCUCGCUUUCACAUGACUUCUUCCCCUCUACGCCGCCUACGAUGCCAUCUCCUCUCCGCAACGGCGACCUCCGGUCCCCAGCCGUCGUCCACCACCGCCAGAUUCCAUUCCAAUCGACUGUUUCAGAGCAGAAGCUUCGCCGUCUCAACGCUCUUAUCCUCCUCCUCCGCUUUGCUGCAUUCUGCUUCUCACUUGCAGCCGCAAUAUUCAUGGCCUCCAACUCCUCUCGCUCCCAAGGCUCUCCUUCCUGGCUGCACUUCCCCAGUUUCCGCUUCGUCCUGGCAGCCAACUCGAUCGUUUCCAUCUACUGCCUCUUCGAGAUGUCUGCUUCUGUUUGGGAGAUCCUGAAGGGCGAAACCCUCCUUCCCGAGCCGGUGCAGCUCUGGUUCGAUUUCAGCCACGAUCAGGUGUUUGCGUAUAUGCUUCUUGCCGCUGAGGCGACGGGGACAGGGGUGGCAAGGGAUUUGCAUGGCCAUGGCUCUUGCGACGCCGCCGGUGCCUUCUGCGUGCAGGCUUACAUCUCCGUCGCGCUUGGUUUUGGAGGUUUUGCAUUCCUCGCGCUCUCUGCCCUUCUUUCCGGCUUCCGAGUCGCCUGCUUCGUCAUCACUGGCUCUCGUUUCCAUCUCUAAAUCGAAGAACUCCAUCGAAAAGGCAAACCUUUAUCUAUCUCUACUUUUCGAGCACGCUCUCCUCCUUCCUCUGUCUACCGAGCUGAGGAGAGCGUGUUCCUCGAAAAGCGUCUUUCUUCAUUUUUUUAUUUUCCUUUUUGGUUCUCGGAGAGACCUUUUGUUUGUGACACUAUGUAAACUAGGAGCUUGUCUGAUCUUUCAAUAUGAUACUAAGGUUGCAUAAACUGUUUUUUUCUUUCUCGGCUACAAAUUUGAAGAUAAAACGAUAUGUAAAUUGCUCUAAAUUGUACUGAAGUGAAUCUUUUGAUUUGGUA